AUGUUUUGCGAAGCUUUUCGCAAUAAAUCGCCGCACGAACGGUAUGACUACGCACUACAAGCUAAGCUGUGCAUAAACUGUUUGCACAUCGGCCACCAGCAAGCAGCUUGUUCUUCCGAGCGCCGUUGCAAGACGUGUCAAGCUAAGCACCACACAAUGCUGCACGACUACUUUGCUUUCAACGCGACUAGUACGAGCAAACAGGCUGCAUCCUCUCAUAACGCAGUCACAACAAGGCAAGACCCUAAUAUGCUGCCUCCGGUACUGAUCGGCACAGCCCUGAUUCAGGUUAAGUCAAAGUCCGGACACAAGGUCGUUUUACGAGCUUUACUGGACAGCGGGGCAGAAGCAACGUUCAUCAGCGAAUCCGCAGUCAACUUGUUACACUUGGUGAAGUCUAAUGUAAAGAUACCUAUUAAUGGCGCUAACGGUGAUAGAGUGGCUACAGCAAAGGGGCUAGUAACGUUUAAUCUACGUUCAUUGAAAUCCGACUUCGAGCUUGCAUGCAUCGCUCUAGUGCUGCCUCGAGUUGGAAACCGAACCCCGACGGUAGCUAUUGCACCGAACGAUGUUCAACAUUUUAGUGAGUUAGACCUUGCUGAUCCCACCUGGAACGUACCGCAACCGAUUGAUGUCAUCUUAAAUGCUGCCGAUUAUGCUGCUCUUCUGUUAAGCGGAAUACAGCGUAGCAAAACUAGUCUUUUAAUUGGCCAAAGUACACGGUUGGGCUGGGUAAUUUUCGGCAGUUCUGCUAAUCAAUCUUUCGUAACGACACGGGAUAUGAUCGACUGCUAUCACACUCAACUCGAUCUCGACCGAACGCUUCGCAGCUUCUGGGAGUUGGAAGAGCUUAAUUCAACGCCCGCACUAACGCAAGAUGAUCGAUUCGUCGAGAAUUACUUCAACCUCACUACGCGGCGAGCUGCAGACGGUCGUUAUAUUGUGCGGCUACCAGUCAAACCGGAUUCUGAUCUAACGCAAUUAGCCUCUACGCACCUUGAUGCGAUUGUUCUCCUCGAUCAUCUUCGUCGACGUUUAUCUCGAGAUCCGGUCAUGCGAGAUAUGUACGAAGAAUUUAUCAACGAGUACGCAUCAUUGCAACAUAUGGUCAGCAUCACUAAAGAAGAAGAAUGUUCAACGCCCAUCUGUUAUCUCUCCCACCAUGGCGUCUGGAAAACAUCCAGAAGCACAACGAAAUUAAGGGUCGUCUUCAACGCUUCAAGACGAUGCAACAGUGGUAAGUCUCUUAAUGAUUGCUUAUACUCUGGUCCUAAGUUACAGAACGACCUGACUGCUGUUGUACUAAAUUGCCGUCGAUACCGAAUUGCGCUCACUGGAGAUAUCGCCAAGAUGUACCGUCAGAUCUUGGUGGACGAGAGAGAUACUGAUUGGCAGCGUAUUGUUUGGCGACCUAACUCGCAUCGAGAGCCAACACAUUUCAGAUUAAAAACUGUCACUUAUGGUACCAGUUGCGCGCCAUACCUGGCCAUUAAAGUAUUGCACACUCUAUCUGCUGACGAACGCUGUAACUUUCCUGACGCUGCUCAGAUCUUGCUUGAUGGGUUCUACGUGGAUGAUGUUCUAACGGGGGCAGACAAUGUCGAGGAUGCUUCCAGACGACGUCGAGAACUGCAAGGCCUUCUCCGCGCAGGUGGCUUCGCCCUUCGAAAGUGGAAUUCCAACUCACGCGCUGUGCUGAAAACCAUUGAUCCUGUUGAUCUUGAAACUAAAUCUUCACGGGAGUUUCAGCUAGAGGGAGAGUACAACAACUUAGGACUCGUCUGGGCUACCAAAGACGAUUGCUUGACCUACGCACUAAAGCUUGAUUGCACGGUAACCACAUUUACAAAGCGACCACUGCUGUCUGACGAGGCUAAGCUGUUCGACCCACUUGGGUUCCUGGCGCCUGUAAUUAUUCGUGGGAAAAUGUUUAUUCAAAAAUUGUGGUUAACAGGCCUAGAUUGGAAUGACAAUCUGCCGGAAGACUUGCAGACGAAAUGGAUAUCUUUUCGCAACGAGCUUAAGACAGUUCCAGAAGUACGCAUAUCACGCUGGCUUAAUACAUCCCAGCAAAAUGAAACCUAUGAACUCCAUACCUUUGCAGAUGCAUCUACGCACGCAUACGCCGCUGUAGUGUACUUAAAGGUUGUCGCUCAAUCAUCCGUCCACAUUCACCUAUUGAUGUCGAAGACACGAGUGGCACCGUUAAAGAAAGUUACAGUACCACGGCUCGAGCUAUGUGCAGCCUUACUUGCUGCUCGUCUGAUGAAUAAGGUAAGAGAUACGCUUAACCUAUCCUCUAUAUCUACUUAUAUGUGGUCAGACUGUACGACUAAAAUAUGGUGGAUACGAUCCGAUCCAGGAGCGCUAAAAGAGUUCGUGUCGAAUCGUGUUAGCCAGAUACAAGAGGUGACUACUGUAAGCGACUGGCGUUAUGUUAACACGGCCGACAAUCCUGCUGAUUUUGCCUCACGAGGACUGACCAUGGCGCAGCUUGUAGAUCAUCACCUAUGGUGGCAUGGGCCCUCCUGGCUUAGCCAACCAGAAACCAGCUGGCCACAGCCUUUGCUAAAGGCACCAGAAAAGGUCUCCGAAUCCAAACCUGUGCAAGCUACAACGGCACGCAUCAUUCCUUCUGAUUGGUUCAUCCUGGAAAACUAUUCGACGCUUGAAAGACUUUAA